ACCAAUCAUUGAGCAGUGUUUUUAAAGCGGGUUUUCCUCUACUGUGUAUGUGAAACACGCGUACCUAGUGAAACGCCAUGCCGCGCUUCCACUUUUCUGGCCGGACGAGGCCUGAGCACCGCCCGGCGGAUGCUCAUUGCCCGCCCAACCACCGGUUCUAUCUAUAUUUGGUUGGACCCCUACUCAGCAGCCAACUGCGCCAAAACAUCAACGUACUGUACACCUGGCACUCGAUCAUUAUUUCCCACAACAUGUCUUCGACAACAUCCGGCCGCAAAACCGCCGGUGGAACUCCGACGCGCGACUCGACCGCCAAACCCUCUGCUUCCCCUGGCGCUGCCAAUCGCACUCCCUCCCGUGCCUCGACCCCGACGGCAAAUAGUCCAAACGGUGUACAGCGCACGCGGUCUAUGCGGACAAGCAUUAGUGGGCCUCCUGUUUCCGCACGAGCGGCUGUGAGGAAGCCUGGUGCAUCUUCCAACUUGAGCAUGAGUUCGACACAAGCAAAUACCCAAAAUGAUGAUGAUGCGCGGGAUGAGGCCGCUGCUUAUAUCCAGGAGUUAAAGGACAGAUUGCAGAAGGCGGAGAACGAGGCCGAGGAAAGGCAGAAGCAGAUUGAUGUGCUGAACGCCAGGCUGGACGAUGCACUGAAGGAGCAGGCGAAACUGGAAGAGCGGGCACAUGAGGAAGAGGAGAAGGUCGAGGUGCUGGAGAAUGAGAAGCGGGAGCUUACACGACAGCAUCGCGAGUUGGAAGCUAUAUAUGAGGCAGAGCGGGCACAGACUAUGAAGGAGAAGGAGGAUGCGCAGGCGAGGGAAGACGAACUGCAGGAUACAAUCCAACGGUUGAAGGAGACCAUGGCCAUGAAGAAUGUCCCGACCAGUGAUGGGGAAGAGGAUCGGGGCCAUCUUUCCAGGACAUCGAGCUUCCGCAACAAUCCCUCCCGCAGCAAUUCGUCGCAGAACCUAGAGGGCUCCGGCUCAUUCGCGCCGCCAUCUUCCAUACAACGCAGCAAUUCGCGGAGUAACUCAAAGCUCAUUCACCAGAAGGACAAGAUUAUUGAGGACUUGCGCCUGGAGCUGGCCGAGGUGCAGAUCAAAUUGGUGGAGAUGGAGAACCGGGACGGAGGCCGCAUGCAUGAGCUUGAGAGGCAGUUACUGGAGACCCGGAUGACUAACGCUCGUCUAAUGGAGGACAACGAGAGUUUCCAACUUCUCCUACAAGAGAAGACUUUGAACGGUGAUCUGGGCCGCGGCGAUUUCCUACGCAGUACCAGUGCGCAGCAUGAAUCCCGCGCGCCCUCGCGCAACGGACCUACGACAAGCCUCGCCGACGAACUGGAGUCCGCCGAAGUGGAUGAGAGAGCCGUCCGCCUCUUAGAGGCCGAAGUUAACAACUUGAAGGACCAGAACAAGGCUCUGACGCUCUACAUCAACAAGAUCAUUGGCCGCCUUCUCAGCAAGCAGGGUUUCGAAUCGGUUCUGAGUGACGACGCCGAUGAUGUUGGCACCGGAGCAGGAACGUUGAACACAAACAAGGAACUUCCUCCGCCUCCUCCCUCCAAAGAGAAUGAACCUCAAGGUUUCCUGCAACGCGCCAAAUCGGUUGCUCUGGGCGGAGCUCGAAAGGCACGCCCUAUGAGUUACACCGCCGCCCCUGUCUCCACGGGAACGGUCAAUGAGGAUCCAACCACAGCUCCCAGCAUCCCCUUGCAGCGUUCCACCUCUAUGCGGAUGCCCAGUGGGACCUACUCCCACCGGCGUUCUACAUCCGAAGCACCACAACCCGGCGCUGCCACAGUAGUCAACAACAUGGUUCGCAAUGCUCCUUCUGUAGCAUCCGGUCCCACCAGCCCCAGCCUCGUCUCGCCACGAAACUCCAUCUUCGGCCUCCCUAUCGGUGGCCAAGCAAGCAAUCCCGCCUCGCGGGUGCCGUCUACCGGCCAGCCGAUCCCAGAGGAAAAUCGCGAGCCUGGCAGCUCUGAAGGUGGGCACGUCGACACACCCAGCCCGCCACGCCGUACGGAUACAGGCGCUGGGGGUGUUAUGACGGGCAAGCAAAUGCGUCCUCUGCGGCUUGUGCAGAAUGAGGAGGAGGCCAUGCGGGCAAGAAAGGCGGCGAAUCGGGGAUCGUGGAUUGCCGGCUGGUUCGGCGGCGGGGAGCAGAAGAACGAUUCUUCUUGAGCCUUAUGGGCUUUGGGUUUUGGGUUUUUGCACCCACUUUAUUUCGUAUACCCUGGGGUUAUUGGAUGUUAUCCUCCAUUUUUCUUGGGAUACCGAAUUGGUAGGGCAUAAGCACUGUUUCGAAAGGAUGGAGGGGCGGAUGAAUGACUGACGUGCUUCUUGUGUAUCUCUAUUGGACGGUGGGUUCUGGGAGGUACAUCCAUUGGGUUUCUGUUUUCCUGCUUCCAUACAUAGUUUUCCUGUUGCCUCUCCCCACACUGCAUCAUGCCCCAUCAACAUUGCCUAAUGACCGACUUGAUUGUAUACCCCCUUGGUAAGAUCCUGCACUCCCCGCUUCAUGUUAUUCUUUAUAUUGAUUAGAAUUGGAUAUGGUUGAU